GAUGGGGACGUUCACAGGCACCUCUACCUCCAGGGUGUCCUCACCAGCCUCGCGGAGGUGGCGGAGAGACCCAAGGUGUCUGAAUUCAGUUGCCAUAUCUCUGGGUGCUGCCAGGUCUUUGAUACGCUGGAGGGCUACGAGCACCACUACAACACGCUGCACAGGAAUGUCUGCUCCUUCUGCAAGCGCUCCUUUCCAUCGGGGCAUCUCUUGGAUAUUCACAUCUUGGAGUGGCAUGACUCGCUCUUCCAGAUAAUGGCCGAGAAGCAAAACAUGUACAAGUGUUUGGUAGAAGGCUGUGCGGAGAAGUUCAAGAGCAGCAAGGACAGAAAGGAUCACUUGGUCACCGUUCACCUUUAUCCUGCUGAUUUUCGGUUUGAUAGACCAAAGAAAGUGAAAAGCGGCCCCAAGCACGCGAGCUCUCCCACAAAGCAGGGUGCCAGUGUGCCGAUGGAUGUGAGCAUGGAGAUGUCGGAGCAAUUCCAAGUGGACCCCAUGGAAACAGGGCCCAGUGAGAACAUGGAGAUCCCUCAGCCUGCAGCCAGACCCGGCCCCUCAGUGCCAGAGAAACGAUUCUAUAAAUCCAGGAUCCCAUCCACAAUUUGCUUUGGACAAGGUGCCACCCGAGGAUUUAAAGGACCAAGGAAGAAAGUCUGA